GGCUGCGCAUUAAUGCGCGAGCGCACCUUUGGGGAGGGAAUCCUGCACAAUCUCUGGACCAAAGCAGAUUUGCUUUUUUUUUCUCCUUCAAACCUUCACUAUCCCUGCUUACAGAGAACAGAGGAUUCCUGCGAGGCUUCGCUCUAAUGGGGACUUACAGGGUCUUGGCGUUGGGACUUAUCUUUUUGCUCCAGGCUUUCACUUUAGGGUCAUGUAAAGCAGAAGAGCCAUGUCAGCCUAGGAUCUCAUCAAAGCUCUUCACCUUUAAUGUAGAUCGAGCACAUUUGGAGAAGGGCAGGAGGCUGGGGAGAGUUCUGUAUGAUGACUGCGGUGGUCAGCACAGGUUCCUCUUUACUUCAAAGGAUUCCAGAUUUAAGGUGGACUCUGAUGGGACUGUCUUGAUCAAAAGGCCCUUUAUCCUACAUGAAGGUCGGAAGAUCUUCUCAGUUCAUGCCUGGGACUCAAAUGGUAGGAAGUUCAUUGUGAGAAUCAGGGUCCAGCUUAAGCCACAAACCAGCCAUGUGGAAAAUGUCCCUACUGAGCAGUUUGAGGGCAGUGAGUCUGUCCCAGGGCUGGAGUUUUUGUCCUCAACUGGUCUCAAAAGAAGGAAGAGAGACUGGAUGAUUCCUCCAAUCACAAUUCUUGAAGGUGAAAUGGGUCCCUUUCCUAAGGCGGUAGUGAAGGUCAGGUCCAGUGAGGAUAAAGAAGUUAAAAUGCAGUACUGGAUUACUGGUCCUGGUGCAGAUGAGCCACCUAAAGACAUUUUCACUAUGGACAGAAACUCUGGCAGCCUCUUCGUAACACAACCUUUGGACAGAGAGCAGUGUUCAAGCUAUACUCUUAUGGUUCAUGCUGCUGCUCUUGGAGAUAGCAAAGCUGCAGAUCCUACAGAGAUCAAAAUUAUAGUGUCUGAUCAGAAUGACAACAAGCCUGUCUUUACACAAGAUGCAUUUAUGGGCAAUGUUUCAGAAGCCGUGGGUGCAGGGUAUGAGAUCCUGAGUGUCACGGCAACUGAUGCUGAUGAUCCUGAGACUUAUAAUGCAGACUUAAGAUACAGCAUUUUAAGUCAAGAUCCACCUCUACCAGUUCCAGACAUGUUUGCUAUUGAUCCUACUAGUGGGCAGAUCCGACUGAAUAAUGCUCAGCUUGAUAAGAAGAAAUACCCUCAGUAUACACUGACGGUUAAGGUUGCUGAUAUGACAGGAGAAGGUUACCCAGCUACCUGUAAAGCCAUAAUCACCGUGACAGAAUGACCGCGCUCGUCAAAAUCUGUAACUUAGGGGGCCGCAGUUUAAGAAGCUGGCAGACUUUGGUGGUGGUGAAGGGGACUGAAGGUCAUGUGACAGACUUUGUGCUUGUGCCCAUUAAGUCCUGUGCCGCUCUGUCCUAACAGACUGUUGCCUUGCUGUCUGGUUUUUGCUUCACAUUUGUGGUUUAAUGGGAGUUGCUUUUGAAUGUGAGAUCAUUCUCAUGCAAAAGGCAGUGCUAUGGGGCUGGGACCUUCGUGAGCUUGAGUUUGUGUAUAAUACAGUGCUCACAGACAGUCUUGGGACGCUUGAUUCUAUGAAAUGUUAACAUACCUGCACAUAUGUUCCUUACACACAUCUUCUCUUUGUGUCAUUUUUAUAAACUGAGUCAUUCAGCUCUGAUCUUUUCAUUUUGCUAUUGAUUGCAAUUGUAGUAAUUGGCUCUCAGAAUGAUACUAAACGCAAAUGGUUUGGUGUUUUAUGUUAUUGCAAAGGUGUUACUAUUUAAAAAGCACCCAAUGAGACAUAUUGUUAGUGAGCUUCUUCACUGGAACUGCUCUUUUAGAACUGUAAUUUGGGUUUCAGUGUAUUGCUACUUAAAAUUAAUUAGUUUUACUUAAAACUCCUGGUUGUUUCUAAUGUGAUGUAUAUUUUUGUAAAUGAAUAAAGUAAUUAUUUUUUGUUAUAAAACCAAAAAAUUUGCAAUAUUUUUACUGAAUUAAGCAAGCACCCCGACUUCCUGUGAGCUGUGAUAUAUAAAAUGUAUAUCAGCUGAACUUCGAUUCAUUUUCAAAAUGUUGCAAAAUGUUAUUAAAUGUGAUUAAUGUUUUAUAGGGCUUUAACUUGCUAUUAUAGUGCUUUAACUGAGCUCUUUGAUUUCCUGCAUAGCCAUGCUUAGAGACUUAUAGGCUUGUAUCCUCAUGUAUUUUUUCACUCUUCACUCUUUCAUUAAUUGUGAUUUUAAUUAGGAAGUUUUGUUAAAGACCUUUAUUAAAAAUGUUAAAAACAAA